GUGCACGCGGUUGUAACUGCCAGCGGCGGGAGAAGUGGCACUCCAGCUGAGAGACGUGAUUUUUCGCUCGCUUGGUUAUGGAGGUGCUGCCGCCGCGGCUUGUAGCCGCGAGGUCUCCGGCUCCUGGAUGGAGCCGCAAGCUGCUUCUGCUGCCAGUGGUGCUGUUCCUGCUGCCGAUCGGGGCUCUGAGGGGCUUGGAGACGGAGAGGCCCCGGACCCGCGAAAAAGAGUGCCACUUCUACGCUGGUGGACAAGUGUAUCCCGGGGAGGCGUCCCGGGUAUCAGUCGCAGACCACUCCCUGCACCUAACCAAAGCCAAGAUUUCCAAGCCAGCACCUUAUUGGGAAGGAACAGCAGUGAUAAAUGGAGAAUUUAAGGAGCUCAAAUUAACAGAUUAUCGUGGAAAAUACUUGGUCUUUUUCUUCUACCCACUUGAUUUCACAUUUGUGUGUCCAACUGAAAUCAUCGCCUUUGGUGCUAGAAUUGAUGAAUUUAGAGCUAUAAAUACUGAAGUGGUGGCAUGUUCUGUUGAUUCGCAGUUUACCCAUUUGGCCUGGAUUAAUACCCCUCGAAAGCAAGGAGGACUUGGAUCAAUAAGAUUUCCACUUCUUUCAGACUUGAACCAUCAGAUCUCAAAGGACUAUGGUGUAUAUCUGGAGGACUCUGGCCACACUCUUAGAGGCCUCUUUAUUAUUGAUGACAAAGGAAUCCUGAGACAGAUUACUCUGAAUGACCUUCCUGUGGGUAGAUCAGUGGAUGAGACACUACGUUUGGUUCAAGCAUUCCAGUAUACUGACAAACAUGGAGAAGUCUGCCCCGCUGGCUGGAAACCUGGUAGUGAAACAAUCAAACCUGAAGAUGCUAUGAAAGCCUGGUGGCCAAGAGAAGAGCUAUAAUCCCAGAUCCAACUGGAAAACUGAAGUAUUUUGAUAAACUAAAUUGAAAACUACUUCAUCAAGUUUUAAUGUUUGAAAGUU